CCCAGGCGACAUGGUUGGCCGCAGAUUUCUUUUAGCUUUUUUAGACUCAAAAUGUUUUCCUGUGCAAGCCAUUCAUAUUUCUUCAUCCUUGGUCUGAUGCUGGGUUUCUUCACUACACUCUCCUCUCAUGUUCAAGCUUCAAGUUCAAGGAAAUGCAGAUCACAGAACAUUUCUUCCAAGUAUCAGAACUGUGGGAUACACCGAGAUGGAGUCCAUGAUUUAGAUUGUUUUGGUAAACUUAAAUCACCUGGAAUAAAAGACUGUGUGUGGAAACCUGGAAACCGCACAUCAGCAAAGACAUACACACUCAUUAUACAACAACAAAGUAAACAUUGCAAAGAAUACUACAACAUCACUGAAGUCUCGAAAAGUAUCAAAUUAUUUGAAAAUUACAACAUGACUGCUGAGGUUUUUGAAAACAGCGAGUCAACACAUUGCACAAAAGCAGUUUUCAAAGGUUCACCCAAGAGCUUGGUGCGAUGUGGUCCUCCAUAUAACGCGUCCUUCAGCCGCCACUCUGGAAGAAUAGUUGUGAAUGUGAGCUGGCAAAAGGAGGAGAUAAGAGCCAUUCAGUAUUACUCUGUGAGAUAUAAAGCACUGGGCAGCCUGUCAUGGAGCAAGUCACUCGUCCAAUCCCAAAAUGGGGAGACAUGUACAGUGGAGAAUGUAAACGCCUCCCUGGUCUACACUGUACAGAUACAGUGUGUCACUAAUGAUAAAUGCUCACAGUGUGCACGGAGUGAAGCCUACACUGUCCCAUCAGAACUGACUACACAGCCUGUCAUUGUCAACAUGGAAGAUAUUGACAUUGCAGGGACAAAAGGCCGCCGGCUGCUUCUUUUAACCUGGAAGUUUCCUGCCAAAGAUCUGUAUGAUGGCUACUCUGUGAGCAUUGGGAAAGCAUCAGGAGAAGCCCCAUGUGAGCGGAGGUACACCACUCAGCCUGAGAUCAGACUGAUUCUCUCAUAUUCAGCAUAUCAUCUCAACAUCAGUGCUGUGAACAACGCCAGCGCCUCCCCAGCUGUGAGUCCGACAAUACCACAGCGAGAACACGAGCCCAAUAUGGGAGCUGGGAAGCUGAACGUGACAGCUGAGAGCAAUACAUCUUUCACUAUCUCCUGGAAAGACAACCUCAUCAAACAAUAUGUCUGCUAUUCUGUGGAGUGGAAGAGGAAGGGUCAGAGAGCAGCGUACAUGUCCUUUUAUCAGAACGCAAACAACUAUAGGACCUUAUCUCCUUUACCAGCGCCUUUGGAGCCUUAUAGGAGAUACAACAUGACUCUGCACACACGGCCAGACAAGGACACCUGCAACAUGAAGCGGGUGAACAACAGUGAGAGCACCUUUGGGAGUACACAGUUCUAUUUCAUUGAAGGAACUCCUGUCAGUGCUCCCACAAACAUCAGCGGCAACAAUGUGACGCUGAGUUCAGUGGUGCUGCAGUGGUCAUCCAUCCCGGAGGACGACGUCAGAGGUUUCCUACUGGGUUACAUAAUCUACUACACUGAGUACCACCACGGAGAGUCAAGUACAGAGAGAAAUAUUACAGUGGAUCCAAUGUCGAACAACUAUGAAUUAGGGGAUCUUAAAGGUGCCACAGCAUACGGAGUCCAGAUGUCAGGCUUCACCAAGGCAGGAGCUGGAGUACGAAGCACAGCCAGUCUCUUUACAACAAACUAUCAAGGAUCUUCUAACCUCAUUGGUUUCAUUACAAUCUCUGUCGUUGUUGCCAUUGUUCUAAUAUUUGGAUCUCCGACAAUAAAAAGGGCAAAGGUCAUUCUGUGGCCAAGCAUACCUAACCCUGGAAACAGCAACGCGAUGCAGAAAAUAGAAGAGUCCUGUGAACUGCAACUACUAGAGUCCAUCAACCGUCUGAAGGUGGAAGAAUGGGACACGAACAGCCUUCAGAUAGUUGAGAGAGAAGAAGUGAUCCCUGCUGGCAUGUUACCAUCAAUGUUCCCGCUUCUCCACGCCUCAGACGACGAGGAACGCUCAACAGAAAUAACUUGUAACUGGAACCAAAGAGACACAGAAGAUGCAACUGGAGACAUCCCAUCUGACAUCACUGCAGAAAUAUUCCCGGACAUCCAAAGGACAGACCCCCAGAGUUCUCCUUUCGCCUUUCCAAGUGAAUAUACGACAAUGGCAAUGUUUCAGCGGGGGAUGCUUCAGGGCGUGCCGGCAAAUACAUCAGUUACUCAAGACGCAGACAGAGAACCAGAGGACACAGAUUUUACUGUGAUGAAAUCAUUGGACUAUAUAGAGCAUUUGAGUACCUGUCAGAUCUUGGACAGCCAGGAGAUCCACGAUUUUGUGAUAGAAAACAGUUUGGAACAGGACCACGAGAACCAUAGACCAUGAAUAUCUGAAUCAAGCUGCUUAUCUGCGGUAGUCCUCGGGGUCCAGAGGUGCACUAUGGGGGAAAUAAUCAGCAGCAAGUGCAGAAUUUUGCUUUAUGUUUAUGCCAAAUGUCACAAUUACCAUUUACUUGAGGAAAAACAAGACAGAAGUCCAGUUUAAGUUCCUCUCUACUGUAUAUCUGCAUCACUUAACCUCUGUCCAUGCUCGAUUCUGUAACACUGUGUAUGAACAUUACUUGAUAUACAACCCUGAACAUACAGUGUCUUAUUUCCAUCUGUGAAUGACGUCGAUCUUCAAAUGAAAACAUGACUUAAUGAGCCUGAGAUGUAGAAAUAAUCUUCUUUACUGUUUUGUGACACCAAGGCCGGAGAGUGAACAUGAGUCUACGAGCUGUUCUUAGGCCAGACGCAAUGUUUACCAUCUUACUUUAGCAGUAAACACACAGUAAGCCUACAGCUGGGGCCGAUGGGAGCGGCAUUAGUUUUGAAGGUGUUACUUUAACACCUUAGUUGUUAGAAGGCAUAAACGUUUGAGCUGAGGGUGGCGCUGUAUGCAAAUUCAGGGGAUCAUCGGCGUUAAUACAAAUUAUCCUGAGGACAUGAACGUCCUUAUAUCUCAGAAAUGAGUUAAACUCGGUAUUGUAAGAUGAAUAAGUGAAGUAAAUAAGAGAGUUUGAACUCUAUAAGGAGUCCAGCAUGCAGAUGUUAGGUAGUGCUAGUAGACCCGCUGAUGAAGAUCGCAUGGAGCGGAAGAGGGGGGGUGUACUGUGUGUCUGAAGCAGGUCUGAGAGAUAAGCAGGGGGAAGAUUAGGGAGCGCUUUAAAUGUUAAUAAUACGAUUUUGAAGUUAAUCUGUUAUGACACAGGGAGCCGGUGUGUGAUUGAAUCAGCGGAGGUGUGACAUGUCCAGUGGACUUUGAACGUGUAAUAAUCCGGGCUGCAGAGUUCUGGAUGAAGUCAAUGAAUAGGUUUGUUGUGGAUGUCUGCCAGGAUCUGCUGGUGAUGUGUCCAACGGUUGAGUUUUCAUGAAUAUCUGUACAUCAGAGACAAGCAUCGAGGAGACCGGGGGUGGGUGAGGUCAAAUAUCAUCGGCAAUAAGCCCCUGUGGAGUGAAUGACCUUUUGCUCUUGUGGUAAUAUAAGGAGGUUAGAUUCCCUUUAGACCACCAAACAAAGAAAGCAAAAGCUCGACUGAGCAAUCCCACUCGGUGGUAAGACGCAACGGACACUCAAACCAAAUAACUGAAUGAAAAGUGUCUUUAUUGAGCGUUUGUGGAAACAGAUCAGAUGUAUCGUUAGUGUCAAACUGGAGGAACACAUACAUACAUCCAAGCUCUUCAGAAACCGUGAUACCAAACCUUCACAUCAAGUCCUAAACACAUAUCACAUGUCCACUCCCCCAGCCAUGAAUCCUUCCUAUAGUAUUUACCGUACAUGGAUGUAAAAAAUUAAAUUGGUUGCGAUGUUAUGAACGUUUCUUUUAUUAUUAAAAAGCAGGGAAAACCAUGUGUGGAAUUUAAAUCUCCUUUUAAAAUAUAACUAACUUUCCUAGAAACGUAAGCACUGAUCUCAAUCUGGGGCCAGUUUGCAGAAACAUUUUUGACACAAUCACAAUACUGCAAACUGAAAGUCCCACUUUAAAAAGGACAGAAAAACUAAAACGGUAAAAAUGAAAAGACAAAUCCACAAAAGUCCAAUGAAUCUACUCUAUUAAUUACUAAAUGACAGCUGACAAUACUUAAAUAUAACAUCUCAGGUUGAGCUAUUUAACAUCCUAAACAAUAAAUUCAGGUUGCAUCUGUCAAUAAGUCUCCAUAUUUGUAUUAGAAUAUUCUGUACAAUCUUAGUCUAGGCACUUUUUGACCCUUCUGUGCGUGCAGUUAGUUGACCUGUGACAUUUCUAGGCUUUGUUUGCAUCUCGCUUUCUUGAGCAAUAUGAGCCUAAAAGACAUUUUGCACACCACCAUCAUUUUUACAGUAUAGGCUUGUUUU